AUGGGAAACGACGCGGACGAUGCGGUCACUCCGCACGGCAACACCGCAAAAAAACAGAACACCAACCACCACCACCACCCACUGAUUGACUCCGGCUCGUCCUACCGCCGAGAACAGCUCGAGGGUCUUCGUAACCGUUUGCCUUCGUUGACGGAUCAAUCCUCGAAUCCGAAAAGUUCCGUCGCGAAGUAUUAUUCCCGACAGACGCGAAUCGUCGAACAGUUCCAAGAGUUGGAGAAUUUCAUCGAGCGGACGACGUAUGGGGGCGGUGGUGAUGGGCAUCACCAUCCUUUAUCGUCGGCGGCGCGAUCGUCAUCAUCUGGUGGUAAUGCUGUUGACGUCGAAGAGGAUGGAGAAGGAGGAGAAAAUUUGCUCCGAGCCGACGCGGAUUUCAGAGAACGGAAAAAGCAGGAGACUUUGGCGUUGCGCAUCAGUUUUUACGUGAACGUUCUGUUGUUGGCGGUGAAAAUUUUCGCCUCGGUGCAGUCGGGGUCGCUCUCGAUCAUAACCAGCGCGUUGGAUUCGUUUUUAGAUUUAGUCUCCGGGUUGAUUUUGUACUUUACGGAUAAGCACAUGCAAAACAUGAAUAAGUAUUUGUAUCCGAUCGGGAAGAGUCGGAUGCAACCGCUCGGGAUUUUAGUCUUUGCGUGCAUCAUGGGGACCCUCGGGUUUCAAGUGUUCAUCGAAGGCGUGCAGCAAUUAGUCGGGAAAGAACACACGCAUCACUUGGAGGACUUGCAGUUGGUGAUUGGAGUCAUGAUUGGAGUCAUCGUGGUGAAAUUUUUCUUGUUCCUGUAUUGUCGGGGGAGUUGGAAUAGGAGCGUGCAGACGUACGCGCAAGAUCACAGGAACGAUGUGAUUACGAACACGUUCGGUUUGAUCGCGGCUAUUAUCGGGGAUAGGCUGUAUUAUUGGGUCGAUCCGCUAGGUGCGAUGAUCUUAGCCGCGUACAUCGUGCAAAACUGGUCGGUGACUGCUUUGGAGAACAUCAAAGCUAUGGUCGGAUUAUCGGCGCCGCCGGAAUUUUUGACGAAACUCACGUAUUUAGCCUGGAAUUCAGAUCCGCGAAUUUUAGGCGUCGAUACCGUUCGCGCGUACACGUUUGGACCAGCUUUUUUCGUCGAAGUGGACGUGGUGUUGCCGGAAGAUAUGAGCGUAAGAGUCGCGCACGAUAUCGGUGAGGCGUUGCAAGAUCGCAUCGAAAAGUUACCCGAGGUGGAAAGAGCGUUUGUGCACAUCGAUUUCGAAACGGAUCAUCAGCCGGAACAUAACACCACUUGGUUCGAAGAGAAGGAAAGGAUGAUGAAAGAGAACGAAGAGAAGAAAGCGAGCGGUAACAAAAAAAGCAGCCAAGAGGUGGAGAUGGCUAAAAUGGUCAAGAAAAUCGACCAACAGAGAGAACUCGCCGUUCCAGAAUCUCCGCUUACCAGGAACCAGAAUACGAUCCGGGCGGCGUUUGGAGAAAAGUAA